UGUAGCUAACGUUAGCGAGUUCUUGAUAUUUCAUCUUUACCUAGCCAUUAAGUUAGUUAGUAGUAAGGACCAACACCUGGGUUGCAUGAGCUAAUUGAGACUGAUAUAUAAGGUUAGUUACAUUACUCAGACUCCACUUGUCAUAGCCACUGCGUCCGUAGAAUUUUAGAGUGAAGUGGGAGUGUCAAGUGUGUCGACAUCAUCAUCAUCAUCAGAUACCCGGCCGAGAGUCGACAAUCGUCAUUAUACAUUACCGAGGACAACGACCUAUCGGUAGUAACGUUUGGUCUGUCAGUCUCUGGAAGUGAAAACAAAGUCGUUAGGAUAUCCUAAAACCUGCCAAAGUAGUUUUUUUUGUCAAAGCUUAGCUAGCUAGCUAAAGCUUUGAAAUGGCUUUGGCUGACCAAAGGCAAAGCCAGCAGUGGUAUCCCACAAGCGUACAGGUAACGGUGUUCCAAGCCAGGAAUUUGAGGAUCAAAGGCAAGAAUGGAACCAACGAUGCCUAUGCCAUCAUGCAGGUGGCCAAAGACAAGUUUUCUACCUCGGUUGCCGAAAAAUGUGUCGCACCAGUAUGGAAGGAAGAGGCAACGUUUGACCUGCCAUUGUUCCACCAUGGAAAUGCUGAACGCUGCACACUGUAUAUCAUUGUAAUGCACAGAGCUCUGGUGGGACUGGACAAGCUCCUGGGACAAGCUGUGAUCAACCUACUGGAUCUACACGAUAACAGUGCCCGGAAAAAGACUGAUUGGUACAAACUGCUGGAUAAGAAUGGGAAGGAGGACAAAGUCAAAGGGGAAGUGAUGUUGGACAUUCAGUUUAUGAGAAACAACUUGACAGCCAGCAUGUUUGACCUUUCCAUGCAAGACAAACCACGCUCCCGCAUCGGAAAGCUCAAGGACAUAGUGCGUGGGAAGAAAAAGGACAGCUUCUCUGACUCAGCCUCUGCAAUAGUUCCCUCUGUCAGCCAGCUACUGACUGACAGCGAUGGAGAGGGUGACUCCCACUCGGUGUACUCAGAGUUCCCUGAGGCCAAGAAGAAAUCCAAGCUCAAGUCCCUCUUUGCCCCUAAAUCCAACUUGCAGCGCAACAUCUCCCAGUCCAUGUCCACACUGGGUACUCUUCCUGAGAAGAAUGCAUCCCUCAGUGGCAGUCGCUCUUCUGGACUCAAUGUGGAUUCUCCUGAUGUUAAAAAGAAGUUCAAGUUCCUGGGCCACAAGCGGACAGGCAGCAAUGACAGCAAGGUGUCUACAGGACCUUUUUCUCUUCUGGGCAGAUCCAAGCAAAAGGAUGACCCAAAUGGCACGUGCAUCAACGGCAACCAUGUGUAUGCAGAGGAGGUAGAGCCCAAGUCUGGGUCCACCCUCAGCCUCAACAGCUCUGUUCAGGGCUCAGUGGAGGAUUUACGCAGCCGCAGGCAACCAUCUGACGUCUCUCUAGAGUCCCUCAAGAGCCUCUCUGUCCCCACCUACAGAAUGGAGUCUGCAGAUGGGGCGCUGCUGGAGCAACGGCGCCUUCAGGAGGAGGAGAAAAGACCGGCCGAGGAGCAGAGACGGAAUGAGGAGAAACACAGAGCGCAGCUCAAGAUACUGCAGGAGGAGGAGGAAUGCAAGCAACAGGAGGAGCAGGAGAGGAGGAGAAGGUUCCAGGAGGAUGAGGUGAGGAGGAAUAAGCAGCGGGAAGAGGAGCUGAAGCGCCUAGCGGAAGAAAGGAUACGGCUGGAGGCGGAGGAGCUUCAGAGGCUGAGGGAGGACCAGAGGCAGCAGGAGGAGGCCUCUGUGGCUGAGAGGCUGUCCUCUCUGUUUGGUAUGAUCAGGAAGAAGGAGGAGAAAAAGGAAGAGCAGCAGCAGACUAGCACAAAGGAGGAGAGGCCCAACCCAGCUCCCAGAUGCUUCACCAGAGAUUUGGAGGGCCCUCCACACACCGCCAACCCAUUUGAGGAGAUCCCCCUCAGUCCAGACCCUCCAACCCUGUUUGAGGAGAGCCCGGUGGACUCCCAGAAGGCUGUUUGCAGCCCCAACACCACGAGCGCUGCGGUCUUCCUCAACUCCAACCGCACUGCCAAGGUGUCUGCAGUCAAGCCUAGGCCUCACCCAGUGAAGCCCAUGAGCUCCAUAGAGAGUCAAGCUCCCAUUAGCACCCCGGUAGUUGGAGAGAUGUUGACGUAUGACCGCACCCUGGGGAAGAUGAAGGCGGCAGGCAUGGUGGAGAGUGGGCCCUACACCCAGCUGACCCAGGAGGAGUUGAUUACCCUAGUGGUGAAGCAGCAGACGGAGCUCUCCAAGAAAGACUCAAAGAUCGUUGAGCUGGAGGAGUACAUAGACAACCUGCUGGUGCGUGUAAUCGAGGAGAAGCCCAGCAUCCUGCUGGGCCUCAACUCUGUCAAGCAGGCCCUGUAAGGUAUGAGGAGUGGACCAGGGAACUGUAAGAUCGAGGGAGAUAUUUAGGCUUCCACUCCAACAUCCCCUGUAGUUUGUGUACGUGUGUGGUCUUUCUUUUGCUGUCACUGUGUAUUGGAUCGAGCAAUCUCUUAUUUCCUUUGAGCAUAUGCACUUUUUUUUGUCUCCAUGAGGAGUUGGACUAAGACAAUCUCGAGGUUUCUUUUCAGAAUGCUGGAAUGCAUGCUGAAUAGUUUUUUAGGUUUUUCUAGAACUAUCACUAGAUGCUACAUCGCAUCAAAUUAUUUUACAAGGUUUUGAAAAUUAAUACUGGGUUUUCUUUUUAUACUCAUUUACCAUAUGUGAACAUUUCUUGUCAUUGCGUUGGUACUUUAUAUGCUGUAUAAACCAUAAUUGGCCCUCAUUAGGCAAAAUGGAACUGGAAGCUCUAGGUAUGUUGAUGUCCAUGUCACUGAUGAAAUAUCUCUGGCCAGGCCUUUGCACAGUGGUUCCAUGUUGCCUACAAUUUAGUGGAUUUUAAUUAGGCCAUCUAGCUACUUAUACUUUGGUAUCUGCUCAUCCCAAAGCCGUAACACACAUAAUAAUAUGCUGGUUAGUGUUUGUUUUGUUGCGUUCUUAAACCUUGAACUUUCCUUGUUUUUCUAGGGUUAUGUUUGAUCCUUUUCUUUAAAUGAUCAUGACGUGCCUUGAUGCUACCCCUUCUUGGUGUAUUCAAUCAAACACAAGUGUUAAUCUAAUACCUAAUCGGAUUAUUGCGGGGUAUGGUACAAGUACGUUAACCUCUCAAAGUAAAUAUUGCCUCCAUAGUGACAUUUCAGAUACACAAUGGUCUUACCUUAGUUAGCUUAGUUUGUUUAAGCAUUAUUGAACCUGUGAUUUAGGCUAGUUCACACAGGGUUUGAUUGGAAAUGCAUAUCUGUCAACAUUGCUUAUUUUAGUUUCUUAGUUACCUUUCUCCUUAUUUUAGUUGGCAGUAUAAACAUCUUUUUUAAAUGUGUCUAAAGGAGGAAACCAUCAUUUACAAAACCAGAGAUGGAUAGAGAACCAGCUAUUUAUUCCAAGGUUGAGGCAGUAGUGUGGAUCACGCUAACUAUAGAUGGAGAGACCUGCUGUUCACUGUUUUCUUUCUUUUAUGUCUGUAUUAGCUACUCACUUGACUGUGCAGAGCACAAUCUUUUCUAUUUAUGCAAAAUAAUGUAAGUGCACAACAUGUCAAAUAUUUUAUGCAAGAGUAAUGACUAAGUUCAAAUCGAUACACUUUGAGAAAGAUCUUCCAAUAUAUUUAGGCAUUAUGAAUGUAGGUUCAAAAUGAACCUUGUCCUUGUUAGAUUUAAUGCCUUUUUAUUAAGCAGUAGGCUUUGACUAUAGCCUUACAACUUGUGUAAAUCUCUACGUCUCUGAAUGUAAUCUACUCAAUGUUUCUUCGGCGUCUAUGCCUUUGUGAAAUGUCAUAGCAAUAAGAAACAAUAUAAAUCAUAAACAUUUCUGAUUGUGCCUUCAGGGAUUUUACUCAUAAGACUGUGAUUACUGUAAAAUCUGGAUUCCGUAAGAUGGUUGCACCUUUUUAUGUUUACUGGUGUUAAAUUCAGUGUAUGUGAACACUAUGUGAUAUUUUCAAUUAAAAUUAAGUACAGUAAAUCAUUAA